AUGGACGUGUCUGGAAGCAUGGACUUCGUUUUCAUAAGAUCUUCAAUGGAUACGCUCGUGCUUCUGUGUUCCCGUGCUGCUGCUGGGCAGGUGGCGCAUAUAACGGAGACCAAGGGGCAGAUCAAGCUGCGGUUCCGCACGGCAGCAGGCAAGGACGUGGUGAGCGUGCGCAAUUUCUCACUCACGCAGAAGACCAGCAAGAUGGAGUUCAAGGCCAUUGAGAGCGUGCUGCAGACAAUAAACAGUACUACGGGCGAGCGCGUGUCACUGAGCUACCGCUGUGCGGACAUGGACCGUGAGAUCCCGCUGCUGAUGGGCGUGCCCAAGGCGGUGCUGGAGAACGUGAUUUUUGUUCACCAGGACGACGCCAAUUGGCCCCUCGCUGAGCCCGCGCUGCUCAAGAAGAAGUUCGACGAUAUCUUCUCUGCAACUAAGUACACUAAGGCGCUGGAGGCACUGAAGAAGGUACACAAGGAGCAGGCGCAGCUUAUAAAGGAGAUGAAGCUCAAGGCGGAGAACCUCAGGAACAUACUCGACACGUCCUUGCGGCUACAGGAGGGCAUAAAGGCAGACUCAGGCCAGUCAGAGCGCCUGGUAGCGCAGAUUGAGAGGCUGGAGGGGCAGAUUGCAGAGCGGCGGGUGCGGCAGAGCGAGGUGGAGAGCUGUCUGGCGCGGUUGAGACAGCUGAAGGCGGAUUUGCAGACGCAAGAGGGGCGGCUGGAGCUGCUGUCGCGGCAGAAGGUGCAGCAGCGCGCCAACAUAGUGUCAGACAAUGAUGAGUCGGACGAGAAACUUGAAGAGUGGCGGCGGGAAUUUGAGGGCGUGGUGGCGAAGCUGGAGGGCAGCCUGGCGCGCACCACACGGGAACUGAGCGAGCUAAGGAUUCAGCAGGAGGCGGAGCGGGAGAGCAGCGAGCGGGACAGGCAGGUCGUCAGCCGGUUGCAAGUGGAGAAAGAGGUGCACGAGAGGGACUGCAACGAGCGAGACAGGUGCCUGCAGGAGCUCUUCUCCAAGCACGACCUCGGAGACAUAGGUCCCGUGCCCCUGGCAAGCGAUGAAGCAGUGGAGCUGGGCAGGCGCGCAGCUAAGAGGCUGACAGAGCUGCAGGAGCAGUGGGACGAGAUGAAGCGCGGGCAGCAGGAGAAGGAGCGGCGGCGGGGGGCGGAGAUUGAGGCUGCUGGGGGGGAGAUUGUGAAGGCGGAGGGUCAGCUGCAGAUGGCCCAGGAGAGAAAGAGGAGCAGUGAGGCGAGGAGGCAGCAGGUGAAGGAGGCGAUGGAGAGCAGCAGUGUGGACGAGGAUGGCAUGGCACGGCUGGAGCGAGAAGAGAAGAAAGCGAAAGCAGAGGCGGACAGACUCGCAACCAAGCUACGAGACCCCACACUCCUCUCCAAGCUGGAGGAUGCCAAAACGGACCUGAGCCGGCAGGAGCAGCGGCUCAAGGCGCUGCAGCGGGAGAAGGACAGCCUGGCGGCGGAGAGCAGCGAGAGGGUGACGCUGAGGCUGAAGCAGGAGGCGGUGAGGGACAAGGAGGCUCAGCUGAAGAAGCUGCUGGCGGAGAACAAGGGGCGGAUAGAGGAGCUUCUGGGAGGAGAGAUGCCGUCAGACACAAGCAAGCUGGUCCGGGAGGUUGAGAAGGCAAUCAGGGCUCAGCGAGUGGCUUAUGAGGAGGCUGAUGUGCAAGCCAAGGAGGCAGGCAACGAGGCAGCAGUGCAGCAGCUGCGGCUGGACCAUGCACGGAGCGAACUCAACAAAUACAGCAACGAGCUGGAUACCAAGCGGGUUCUGAUCCAGACGCGUCUGAGCAAGGCAGUGGACCCAUCACUUGCAGUGGACGAUUUGGAAAGAGUUCGGGGCGAGAAGAGAACAGCGCUGGAGGAAGCUACUGGGAAGUACAAGGCGUUUGUGGGAAUGAAGGAGUUUGUGGCACAGUUUGAGCAGCACGCUCGGCGCAAGCACUGCUGCCCCACGUGUGAGAGAGGCUUUACUCCAGCAGAGGAGGAAACGUUUGUGGAAAGAAUGAAGGAAAGGAACAGAGGCGCUGGAAACCAGGAGGAGGUGUUGAAACAGAAGCGCGAAGGGCUUGUGCAGCAGCUGGGGAUUCUGGAUGACCUGCAUCCUGUUUAUAACGAGUACAGGAAGUUGGUGGAUGAGCUGGUGCCACGUGCCAGGGUGGUAGUGGGCCACGUGGAGGAAGCUCAGAGCAAGGCCCAGGAAAACCAUGAGAAUGCCAUGCGCUCCCUGGCUGAUGUCAAUGCCGACCUGGCUGCUGUCGAAGAGAAGAGGUGGGGGGAAGCGGAGGUGGGGGGAAGCGGAGGUGGGGGGAAGCGGAGGUGGGGGGAAGCGGAGGUGCAGGAGCUGGAGUACCGCCUGGACACGCUCUCCCAGGCCAUGCGCUCAUUGGCGGAUGUCAAUGCUGACCUGGCUGCUGUGGAGGAGAAGAGUGGGGAGGCGGAGGUGCAGGAGCUGGAGUAUCGACUGGACACGCUCUCCCAGGCCAUGCGCUCGCUGGCUGAUGUCAAUGCUGACCUGGCUGCUGUCGAAGAGAAGAGGGAUGCAGCAGCAGGGGAUGUGGAGAGGCUGAGGGAGGAGCAUGCAGCACUGAAGGACGAGGCAGCAGCAGCCAGCAACAGGUGGCGGGGGGCGCGGGAGGAGAAGGCGCAGAUGGCUCUGAAAGUGGCACGGCGGCGGGAGAUGGAGGAGGAGGUGGGGCAGCUGGAGGUGGCGAUUGAAGGGAGCAAGCUGGAAAUACAGUCCCUUGCCAAUCUUCUCCCGUACUUGACUCACCCGGCUUCCCCCCGCUUCCCCCAAUCCUGCCAUCACCAGGCACUGGAGAGGAGCAUGGGGCCUCUGAGGAAGAAGCAUGGGGAGGCAGUGGAGGGGCGGAGGGUGUGGCGGGAGAAGGCAGGGGCGGAGGAGGCGGAGAUGCAGGGGCGGGUGAGAGGCAUGGAGAGGGACCUGGAUGGGUCGAGAGCGAUAUUCAAGAAGAUCGAGGAGUGA